AGUCUAGUCCUAAUGAAUCUUCCACCAUCACUGCUGAGUUGUAUAGCAUUGCUGAUUUCCAAUGGUGUUUUGAUCAGUUGUAUUAAUGCUGUCACUGGUUUUUGGAUUCUGAAAGAUAGAAAGAGUUGAUGAGGAUGCAUUUCUCUGUGUUCAUUUUCAUUUUUUGUUAUCUGCUGUUUAGGCUAAGAUGUGUUGGUGGUGCAUUGGCAAAUCAGCAGGUUUCUUUGGUGGGAGAUUCAGGUAUGAAAAGAGAUGGUCUCAGAGUAGCAAUUGAAGCCUGGAAUUUCUGCAAUGAAGUUGGCAGUGAAGCACCUCUCAUGGGCAGUCCAAGAGCUGCUGACUGUUUUGAUCUCUCUCCAGGCAAUCAGUUGGAGCACAAGGUUGAUGAAGCAGUGAAUAAGCUGGGAGUUGGUCAGUCUUUCCCAGGUAUAGACCCAGAGGUAUUGAAAAAUCCAGACCUUUAUGCAGCAGCAAAAGAGCUCUACCUGGGCUCACUGUGUCAGGCUGCAGAAAACUCAAAUCCAUGGCAAUUCUGGAUGUUGAUGCUGAAGAAUGGAAACUUCGAUACAACGUCUGGUCUCUGCCCGAAGAAUGGCAAAAAAGCUGAUCCCUUUCCUCAACCUGGAAAUUUCCCAUGCUUUGGAAAAGGUUGCAUGAACCAGCCCCUCUUGUAUCAUAACCAGACUUCUCUGUCAGAUAAACAGAUGAGAGGUGCAUUCUGGGGAACUUAUGAUCUGAAUGCUAAUUUGAGCUCUGGCAAUGAAAAUAUCACUGACAUCUCUUACUUCCAAGUUGUUUGGGAGAAGAAUGUCAGAACUGGGAGCUGGAUUUUCUACCAUAAACUCAAAACAUCACAGAAAUAUCCAUGGUUGAUGUUGUAUCUCAGAGCUGAUGCAACAAAAGGAUACUCAGGUGGAUACCAUUAUGAUACUAGAGGAAUGCUAAAGACUCUUCCAGAGUCUCCCAACUUCAAAGUUAGACUGACACUUGAAGUGAAGAAAGGCGGGGGGCCGAAAAGCCAGUUUUAUCUCAUAGACAUCGGUAGCUGCUGGAAGAACAAUGGUAAACCUUGUGAUGGAGAUGUCACAACCGAUGUCACCAGAUACUGUGAGAUGAUCAUCAACCCAGAGACACAAGCUUGGUGCAGUCCGAACAACCUGAAUGCAUGUCCUCCAUUUCACAUAACACCAGAUAACAUAAAGAUCUUCAGGAAUGAUACUGCUAAAUUCCCUUAUGCUGCUUAUCAUUAUUAUUGUUCUCCGGGCAAUGCCAAGUAUUUGGAGAGUCCAAGCAGCCUCUGUGAUCCUUACAGUAAUCCUCAGGCACAAGAACUGCUCCAAUUACUACCUCACCCAAUCUGGGCUGCUUAUGGAUAUCCAUCAAAGCAAGGAGAAGGAUGGAUUGGGGAUAAGAGGACUUGGGAGCUCGACGUCGGAGGCCUUUCAAGUAGACUCUAUUUCUAUCAGGACCCCGGAACACCCCCUGCGCGAAGGAUAUGGACAUCAAUUGAUGUAGGAACUGAGAUUUUCAUUAGUAACAAUGAGGAGAUAGCUGAAUGGGUUCUCAGUGACUUUGAUGUGGUUACUACCUCCUCAUGAAGCCAAACUUGCAAGUUUCCAUUAAAUCUCUUAACCAUUAUUUUUUUAUGCAUGGCUUACUGUUAAAAUUUAUCAUGAUGAUGUUCUGAUUUCUAGAUAGAUGAGAAAUAUCAAUAACAAAUCAAAGAAAUUCUCAUCAAGGCAAGAGAAUGGGUUUCAUUUA